UCUUUUUGCAUAUAAGAACAAUAAACCAAUAAUUCACUCUAAAAAGAAGUUUAGUGCUAGAGAAAAAAAAGAAAGCAAAUGCACUCAGUGACCCCUAUAUAAACACUUACAUUGCAAAGGUACAUUCUCUCAAGCUAAAAAAUAAAAACAAAGAAGAAACAAAGAGAGAAACAGAGCCAGUCUCUUCUCUGUUUUUUCCUCCACCAUAAACUGAAUAUCUAAUCAUUCUCUCUUCAAAUGGAUUCGCCUAGUACUCAAAAGGCUAAACCGAGAAAGAUGAAGGCUGCUGUGAAGAAGUCUCGAGUUCAAAAACUCUUGGAUUUGUUUUACCGAGUGGUCGAGAUAACUGUGGUUAUGGUUACAGUGGCCAAGCUCUGUUACCAACUAGUCAUCAUGUUCGAGGACUCUGGCCUCUCACGUUUUCUCAUCAACCGUCAUCUUGCUUUCCUCUUGGGGAACGCCAUAGUCAUCGCCGUAGCCGCCAAGUGCGGUCUCUUUGCGAAUCAAGAACCUGAUGCACGGAGAAACAUAAAUGAUUUUUACGACCAGUUUGUUCGGGAGAGCUCAAGAAGAGAACAGAGCAGUGAAGAAGACAGAUCAAAACAGAUCAGCGAAGAUAAGAGACAGAGCAGAGCAAAACAGAGCAUGUUGGAGAACAGGGCGAAACAGAGUACUGAAGAUAACAGAGAGAAACAGAGCACGGACAAGAAGGACAUAACUGUGAAGAGAGAGAAGCAAAGGAGUGGGUCAGAGAAUCUAGAGGGCUCGAAGAAGAGUUCUUGUGGAAGAUUGAAGAGAUCGGAGACUGAGAGACAUGCUGAUGUUUCUGAUGAUGAACUAAGGUACAAGAUCGAGUCUUUCAUUGCGAGACAGAGGAGGAACCAAAAGGAUGAAGAGUUUUGUAUUGUUUAAAUAAGUACUUAGAAAAAAAAAGAAGCAAGGAAAAAAAAAAAGAAGAAGAAAAACUUUUUGUUUAUGCAAAUAACAUUCACAUAUAUGUGUGUUUGUAAAUAUACGGGUGAAGAUAUUUCAAAGCCCCAGCAUAAAAUGUUGUUUUAGCUUUUCUUUUCUCUUUUUUUUUCUUUGUAAAAUUUUGUUCCAUCUUAUAAGCUAUGUAACAUAUAUUUUCUGUAAA